UGCGACUCUGUGUUUUAGAAAAGCAGAACGAGAAAGUCGAGCACUUGGAAACUUUGCAGCAUCAUGAAAAAUAUUCAGAAAUCCAUUAAGAAGGGUCAGAGUCCCAACGCGGACGCGGAGUCCACGAAUGACCUACCGGAAAUGGAGAAGUUGGAUAAUGCCGGCAGUUCCAACGAGGAAACCGAAGAGGAGACGGAGCAGGAUCGCGAAGAAGUCGACUCCAUGAUUGUUGAGAUGGAUGAGAAGGAGAUGCAGGAGGGGACAGGUGGCCAGGAGAAGUUUAGCGAGAUGGAGCUGCGUAUAAUGAAUGAACUGAAGGAACUUUCGCCGACCGCCAUGGUAGCCGAAAUCGAGCUUCUGGAGAAGGAGCUGUUCGAGUACAGCCAGCGGGAGGCUCGGGAAAUCACCCGUAGCAAACACCUGGACAUCCUGGGCAAAAACAGGCGUCGUUCCAGCAAGUGAGGAAAUGGCAAAUCUGCUUACAGAAUUAUAUGAACAAUGACUUUGAUGGUAUCAAAUAAAGGGUCGUUGUCAAU